AUGAGGCUUGCGAUCUCUGCGUCUACCAGUUAUGAUCAACAUAAACCACAACCACUCCAUCCUGAGCGCUUUGACUCUGUCAUUUGCGGUCUCGUCGACAAGGCUGUCGACCGGUGA